GUGGAGGGAGGCAACGAGGUGGCGGACGAGAGGCUGGCCAAGUCGGCCCGCCUGCAAAGUGGUGCUCUGACACAUCCUUAUUAUGGAAGUUAAGUGAAAAAACUCGGGACGUGGAGCGGCUACCGAGACGGACGCCGGGGGAAAGGAAACCAGUGGGCAGGCCAAUGUUUUUUUUCGGCAGCGCGCUGGCAAGUUUGUGGAACACUUUCUAGGAAUUAGGUCUUUUUCCUCCCCCCGACCUCCCUUCAUCUUCUUGACUUCUGAAGAAAGAACUUGGCUUUGGAUUGCCAUGGAGCCUGAGGAGAGAGGGUUAGACACACUUGAGUAACCCCUCCGGCUGGGCUGAAUUCGUGGGAAUUUAGGAAGCCAGAGUGUGGAAAUACAGCGCGCCCUCGGUUAAUUUGGAUGGAUCCAAAUGUGCGCCCUUCAACAGCUCGCCACUCUCCCCUUCUGAUCUUGCCAUUUGCUCUUCUCGACUUUAAUUAGCAGCUAGGAAGAGUCUAAACUUUGGACCUACCUCUUUUUUUGAUACUUAUUUUUGUACUUUUUGCUCUCUGGGAUUGGUUUCUUAAGCAAUCUGGAUCCUUUUUAAUAUGUCAAAAUGAGUCGGCUGAUGUUUACACAAAUACUGCUCUGUGGAUUUUUAUACGUGCGGGUUGAUGGAUCUCGUCUUCGCCAGGAAGACUUUCCCCCGAGGAUCGUGGAGCACCCCUCCGAUGUCAUUGUCUCUAAGGGAGAGCCCACUACUUUGAACUGUAAGGCCGAGGGCCGGCCAACGCCCACCAUUGAGUGGUACAAGGAUGGUGAGCGGGUGGAAACUGACAAGGAUGAUCCCCGGUCCCAUAGGAUGCUUCUGCCCAGCGGAUCCUUAUUCUUCUUACGCAUUGUGCAUGGGCGCAGAAGUAAACCUGAUGAAGGAAGCUACGUGUGUGUUGCAAGGAACUAUCUUGGUGAAGCAGUGAGUCGAAAUGCAUCUCUGGAAGUGGCAUUGUUACGAGAUGACUUCCGGCAAAAUCCCACAGAUGUUGUAGUGGCAGCCGGAGAGCCUGCAAUCCUGGAAUGCCAGCCUCCCCGGGGACACCCAGAACCUACUAUCUACUGGAAAAAAGACAAAAUUCGAAUUGAUGACAAGGAAGAAAGAAUAAGUAUCCGUGGUGGAAAACUAAUGAUCUCCAAUACCAGAAAGAGUGAUGCUGGGAUGUAUACCUGUGUGGGCACCAACAUGGUGGGAGAGAGAGACAGUGAUCCAGCAGAGCUGACUGUCUUUGAACGACCCACAUUUCUCAGAAGGCCAAUUAACCAAGUGGUGCUGGAGGAAGAAGCUGUAGAGUUCCGUUGUCAGGUCCAGGGCGAUCCUCAGCCAACUGUGCGGUGGAAAAAGGAUGAUGCAGACUUGCCGAGAGGAAGGUAUGACAUCAAAGACGAUUAUACACUGAGAAUUAAAAAGGCAGUGAGUACAGAUGAAGGCACGUAUAUGUGUAUCGCUGAGAAUCGGGUUGGAAAAGUAGAAGCUUCCGCUACCCUCACAGUCCGAGCUCGCCCUGUGGCUCCUCCACAGUUUGUGGUUAGGCCAAGAGAUCAGAUUGUUGCUCAAGGUCGGACAGUGACGUUUCCCUGUGAAACUAAAGGAAACCCACAGCCAGCAGUUUUUUGGCAAAAAGAAGGCAGCCAGAACCUGCUCUUCCCCAACCAACCCCAACAGCCCAACAGUAGGUGUUCUGUGUCACCAACUGGGGACCUUACAAUUACCAACAUCCAGCGUUCGGACGCGGGUUACUACAUCUGUCAGGCCCUCACCGUGGCAGGAAGUAUUUUAGCAAAAGCUCAACUGGAAGUUACUGAUGUUUUGACAGAUAGACCCCCACCUAUAAUUCUACAAGGCCCAGCCAACCAAACAUUAGCAGUUGAUGGCACUGCAUUACUGAAAUGUAAAGCUACUGGUGACCCUCUUCCUAUAAUUAGCUGGUUAAAGGAGGGAUUUACUUUCCUGGGCAGAGAUCCGAGAGCAACUAUACAAGAACAAGGAACCUUGCAGAUUAAGAACUUAAGGAUUUCUGAUACUGGCACCUACACUUGUGUGGCUACAAGUUCAAGUGGGGAGACUUCCUGGAGUGCUGUGCUGGAUGUGACAGAAUCUGGAGCAACAAUCAGUAAAAAUUAUGAUUUAAAUGACCUACCUGGACCACCAUCCAAACCACAGGUCACUGAUGUUACUAAGAACAGUGUCACUUUGUCCUGGCAACCAGGUACCCCUGGAAUCCUUCCAGCAAGUGCAUAUAUCAUUGAGGCUUUCAGCCAAUCGGUGAGCAAUAGCUGGCAGACAGUGGCAAAUCACGUAAAGACCACCCUCUAUACAGUGAGAGGACUGCGGCCCAAUACAAUCUAUUUAUUCAUGGUCAGAGCAAUCAACCCACAAGGUCUCAGUGACCCGAGUGCUAUGUCAGACCCUGUGCGCACCCAAGAUAUCAGUCCACCAGCACAAGGAGUGGACCACAGACAAGUCCAGAAAGAACUCGGAGACGUCCUUGUCCGCCUCCACGCUCCGGUUGUAUUGACUCCCACCACUGUCCAAGUCACGUGGACGGUUGAUCGCCAACCCCAGUUUAUUCAAGGCUACCGAGUGAUGUACCGUCAGACUUCAGGCCUGCAGGCUACAACAACAUGGCAGAAUUUAGAUGCCAAAGUCCCAACUGAGAGAAGUGCUGUUUUAGUCAAUCUGAAAAAGGGGGUGACUUACGAAAUUAAAGUCCGACCAUAUUUUAAUGAGUUCCAAGGAAUGGAUAGUGAAUCUAAAACAGUUCGUACUACUGAAGAAGCCCCAAGUGCCCCUCCACAAUCUGUCACUGUGCUGACUGUUGGAAGCCACAAUAGCACAAGUAUUAGUGUUUCCUGGGAUCCUCCUCCUCCAGAUCAUCAGAAUGGAAUUAUCCAGGAAUACAAGAUCUGGUGUCUGGGGAAUGAAACACGAUUCCACAUCAACAAAACUGUGGAUGCAGCCAUUCGAUCUGUAAUCAUUGGUGGAUUAUUCCCAGGUAUUCAGUACCGGGUAGAGGUUGCAGCUAGUACCAGUGCCGGAGUUGGAGUAAAAAGUGAGCCACAGCCAAUAAUAAUUGGGGGACGAAAUGAAGUUGUCAUUACUGAAAACAACAACAGCAUAACUGAGCAAAUCACUGAUGUUGUGAAGCAACCAGCUUUUAUAGCUGGUAUUGGUGGUGCCUGCUGGGUAAUUCUGAUGGGUUUUAGCAUCUGGUUGUACUGGCGAAGAAAGAAGAGAAAGGGACUCAGUAAUUAUGCUGUUACAUUUCAAAGAGGAGAUGGAGGACUAAUGAGCAAUGGAAGCCGCCCAGGUCUUCUAAAUGCUGGUGAUCCCAGUUAUCCAUGGCUUGCUGACUCAUGGCCAGCCACGAGCUUGCCAGUAAACAACAGCAAUAGUGGCCCAAAUGAGAUUGCGAACUUUGGGCGUGGGGAUGUGCUGCCACCAGUUCCAGGCCAAGGGGAUAAAACGGCAACAAUGCUCUCGGAUGGAGCCAUUUAUAGCAGCAUUGACUUCACGACCAAAACCACUUACAAUAGUUCCAGCCAAAUAACACAGGCUACCCCAUAUGCCACGACACAGAUAUUGCAUUCCAAUAGCAUACAUGAACUGGCUGUCGAUCUGCCUGAUCCACAGUGGAAAAGCUCAAUUCAGCAAAAAACAGACCUGAUGGGCUUUGGUUAUUCUCUACCCGAUCAGAACAAAGGUAACAACGGUGGGAAAGGUGGAAAAAAGAAGAAAAAUAAAAACUCUUCUAAACCACAGAAAAACAAUGGAUCGACCUGGGCCAAUGUUCCACUACCUCCUCCCCCAGUCCAGCCUCUUCCGGGUACAGAGCUGGAACACUAUGCAGUGGAACAGCAAGAAAAUGGCUAUGACAGUGAUAGCUGGUGCCCACCAUUACCAGUUCAAACUUAUUUACACCAGGGUAUGGAAGAUGAACUGGAAGAAGAUGAUGAUCGUGUCCCAACACCUCCUGUCCGAGGCGUGGCUUCUUCUCCUGCUAUUUCCUUUGGACAGCAGUCCACGGCAACUCUGACUCCCUCCCCACGGGAAGAGAUGCAGCCCAUGCUGCAAGCUCACCUGGAUGAGUUGACAAGGGCCUAUCAGUUCGAUAUAGCAAAGCAAACAUGGCAUGUUCAAAGCAAUAAUCAACCUCCGCAGCCCCCAGUUCCACCAUUAGGUUACAUGUCUGGAGCCUUGAUUUCCGAUUUAGAAACAGAUGUUCCAGACGAUGAUGCUGAUGAUGAAGAGGAAGCUUUAGAAAUCCCCAGACCCCUGCGAGCGCUAGAGCAGACACCUGGAUCCAGUACGGACAAUCUAGAGAGCUCUGUGACAGGUUCAAUGGUAAAUGGAUGGGGCUCUGCAUCUGAUGAGGACCGUAACUUUUCUAGUCAUAGAUCUAGCGUAGGUAGCUCCUCAGAUGGUUCCAUCUUUGCCAGCGGCAGUUUUGCACAAGCUCUGGUGGCAGCAGCAGAUAAAGCUGGUUUUAGGCUGGAUGGAACCAGCCUUGCAAGAACAGGUAAAGCCUUUACCUCCUCUCAAAGACCUCGACCAACCAGCCCAUUUUCUACUGACAGUAACACCAGCGCAGCCCUGAGUCAAAGUCAGAGGCCUCGGCCCACUAAAAAACACAAGGGCGGGCGAGCGGACCCACAGCCAGCCUUGCCUCACCGCAGGGAAGGGAUGACAGAUGAUCUUCCACCACCACCAGAUCCCCCUCCAGGUCAGGGUUUAAGGCAGCAGAUAGGCUCGAGCCAGCAUGCUGGUAACGUGGAAAAUUCAACAGAGAGAAAAGGAAGCUCUCUGGAGAGACAGCAAGCAUCCACCCUAGAAGACACAAAGAGCUCUUUGGAUUGUCCAGCUAAAACGUCCCUAGAGUGGCAGCGGCAAACCCAGGAAUGGAUAAACUCCACUGAACGCCCAGAAGACAUACGGAAAGCCCUCCACAAACAAGGUGUCGGACCAGAGGAGACGUUGGUGCCCUACAGCAAGCCCAAUUUCCCAUCUCCAGGGGGUCACAGCUCAUCAGGAACGGCUUCUUCUAAGGGAUCCACUGGACCUAGGAAAGCCGAUGCUUUGAGGGGAAGCCACCAGCGCAACGCCAGCGACCUUCUUGACAUAGGAUAUAUGGGCUCAAAUAGUCAAGGACAGUUUACAGGUGAAUUAUAGUAACUGAGAGGAGACAUGCAAAGCUGCUCUGAAAGGCCAUCAGGUCUGAACUCAUGGAAGUGAUAACACUAAUAAUCAGUGCAAUGAACAAUUUCUUUAUUUAUGUACUAUUAAAAGAACUGUAAAUGCAAUGUAAAGACACACAGCCACACAUAUCCCACAGAUAUUUUACUUGUGUUCUUCUCUUAAGUACACCACCCACCUUAACUCUUUCUUGUCAGGAGUAUAUAGAAAAGAAAGAAAACAAAGCUCGCCCUCCAGGAAGAAAAGGAUUUUCCUCUGUAUAUAAUUUCUUUUGUGCAUUGCUAUGCAAGCUCACUCUUUUUAGCUCUGUUCAUAUUAUUGUCUGUUCUUAUUGGUCUGUUGUACUAUAUGUGAAUUAAUAGGCUGUGGUGCCAUAUAUUAACUUUUAAUUGUGUAACUUUUAUGUUUAAAUUUUGCACUGCAAUUUUAUUUGGUGAUAAGCACAAAUCUCUACUCCUCGUGACAUGAAGAAAAAGACUGAAUGUGAAGGGAGUUUCUGUACUGUAAGCUAGGUUGGAUAAUGCUGGUUGUAACCAAUGACAUUAGGGGGGUUUCCGUUGGGGUGUAGAAAUAGGAAGAUGCAAAGGAACAGUGAUGUUGGCUAAGUCUUCUUUGAACAUCAGGGACUGAGUCAAUAAUAAAAAAGAAAAGAAAAGCAAUUACGUGGCUUUUACUAUUGAUAAGAACAGGGGUCAAAAGAAGGAAGUUGAAGUCCUAAAACUGAAUAGGCAUUAAAAUAUACAGGUAGCAAUGAUGUACUAAACUUGCUUUUUAAAAAAGGAAAUUAAAGUUAUGUUUAGAAACAACUUUACCUGUCAUUGUAAUUGACCUCUCAGAAUUACAACAAGCAAAGGGAAAUUAGUGUGUUUCACAAGAGCUGUAUUUAUAUUACAGUUUUUUUAAAAAGCAUUGUCUGAAUUACCAUAACUAAUCUCUCCAACUCAUUAAGUCAGAAUAUAAUAUGAAGUUCCCCAAGGAAACAAAUAAAAUGAACUCUAGAAUAUCUAGCAAAUAGUUAAAGAGGCAAUUUAUUAUUAGGACAUACUCGGGCUGCUUCCAAAUACAAAAACUCUAUUGCAAUAUCUUGUUUCAUCUCUCUAAUACAUGUACAGUACAUGCUAGAGGAUAGAGCUGCAUCACUUCAAUUCAUUACUUUUUAAAAAAUAAUGCAGUCUAUUUGCAACUUUGUGUUUCAUUUGAUUAAGAAGUGAAGUUUAUGCCACCAAAUGUAUAGCCAAAUUGUAAGUGCUUAAAAAGCAGUGUUCAGAGUAUGUUCAGUUCACAGUAAGUAGAUUUAUUGGAAUAAAUCUUUUAUGGUUCAGUCUCAGAAAUUGGCUACCAACUAAAAAAUGUUUGACCCAUUUUGAAUGAGUAAAUCGAAAAGAAUAAUUUUAAAGAAGAACAAUGCAUGUUUAUACACUUUUUAAAUAAAACCAAACCUCAUAAGUGGACAUUAAUAACAGUGUCCUGCCUCAUUUGUUUUCACGACUUUGAGAACCAGAAGUUCCUGAACAUCAGUCAUGUAUCCUCCAAAUGAAUAUGACUUUGAAAUAUUUAUUAGCUACUGUACAUGUAUAGUCAAUCAGUCAAGUAGAAGAGAAAUUUCCUGAAAUUCCCACUUGUGACAUUUUUCCAUGUGCUACCUACACAAUUGUAAAUUAUAUUUCUAGUUAUGCUUUCUCAUGUUUGUCCUAUGAUAUGUUCAGUAGUUGGUACUUUGAAAGAUAUUCACUAUGAUGGUUAAGAUCAAUUCUAAAAUAUGGGACCAGUUUGAAUGGCAAUUCAUACUCUGUGCAUUAUUGGCUCAGUCACGAAGUGUGUAUCAUACUGUUAUAGCGAAGGGAGGAACCUAGUUAAAUGUUUCCAUCUUUUUUGUUCCCUAAGGCUGCAUCAACACAGGCAAGAGUAGAGAGGAACAUAAUAUUCUUUAUGGGCCCCCUACAUCAUCUUGGUCCCAUGUAGUUCAUUUCUACACUGAAGAGAAAAAGAAUUCUGAGACACACUUACUAUACCCUUUGGCAUCUUUCUACCAUCAGUGCCUGAAUUUUAAUGCAGUUUGAUUUCUCUGGGACAGAGAGACUGGGGAUGAUGAGAAGUUUCUGUGAAGAAUGAAUACAUACCUAUAUGCAACUGUAGGAUGUGAAGAAUUUAGUUUUUUAUUUAUGCCGUCCCCUACUGCAUCUCUUUCUCUUUAAAUGCAAAGUUUUGUUCAUUUUUUGGUUCCUUCUUUAUGCUUCAUGCUCCCCUAUAACCCAAGUUAGCCUGAAACUUUAAUUCAUUACAGAUACUCCACAUAGACUUUUACCCGUGGUAACUGGCAGUAUAUGUGGCUAAUAAAUGAAGAGUUCAAAACAGUAUGUGUAUGUGACUUCUGGAGUAAUCCAGGGCAUGGUCUCAUACCUUCAGUUCAUAAAAAUUAACUGUUUUGGUGAGAGUAAGUCAGGUCUUAUGAUUACUUGGAAUGUUCUUUUACAAUAGAUCACAUUCCCCGUUAAGUCUAGUUUUAGAUUAAUUGGCUAAUAUUGCACCCAAAAUAUUUUCCUCCUGAAGAUAUAAAACAAGAAAAAAUACUGUGGCAACCCACAUGAAUUCAGGAAGACUACCAAAAAUCAAAGCCUUUGUCACCUUGCUAUAUGUAAAAAACUUCCAGUAAGUGUAAGUCAGAAUGUCAUGAGAGCUGCCAUGAAUUUUUUCAUUUGGAAGCCAGUGAAAUGAUUGGAAAUUCACAGAGCUCACUCUUGUGCAGGUCUAAACAGGGGCCUGCCUAAGCUGUCAGAGGAAGUCUAGGUAGGAGAAUGUAAUCUCAUCUUGCCCUCACAGGCAAUGCUGCUGUGUCGUCAUGCCCCCCAGGAGAAUGGCUCCAUUCUUAACAUGCAUAGUCUGCAGGGGGGACAGCGGCUGAAUUAGUAUCCAACUCCUGUAUGCCUCGGUGUACGCAAGCAGAGUGGCCCUACCCAUUCUCCAAUUCUCCCCCCAGGCCGAAUUUAAAGUACGGGGAUAUGAAAACAGCUGAUUUCUUCUUCACAGGAUUUGAAUGCAGUUCAAUGGCGAAUAUAGGAAAAUCAAGACCAGCAUUUACAAUAACCUGUAAUCAAAGGGAAGUAAAACUAUUGCAAAUUGAUUUUCUCUGGGUAACAAAACAUUAAAUGGUGUUCUAUGUCAUAGCCUAAUGCUCUAUUUAAAUAUACUUUCAAUGGGUUUUGAGUUGAAAGUUUGUAUGAGUUUACUAGAACACCUCCAGAUUUCUAUCCAACAGUUAUGUAAUUGCCCGUUGACAACUUAAUUAUAAUCCGAAGGAGCUCUAAACUGUGGUUUAUCUUCUCCACUGGAAAGUGAUUGUGUGUCAGUAUUAAAGAUAUGCAGAACCACAACAUUCACUAAUUUGUUCAUCUGCUUCUGUAUACUGUAUUUAUAGAAUUACUUGACAAGAAUUGGUGUAAAACAACAUGUCUUUCCACAUUAUCUUAGAGGUGAAGUUAACUUUUCUUUUGCUUCUCUAUGAUAUGUACUUCAAAUGAAACACCAUACUUUUUUAACGAAGUUCAAUUUACUAAUUUUUCUGAUCUCAUACUUUUCAAAAGCAUUUAUUGUGACUUUAAAGUGUUGCAAGAUAAGGGAUUCUGUGGCCGUGGGUAGACUUUUUAUACUUUGUUUUAUAGAUGGAUUUUUUUUAAUUGUAGUUUGUUUAAGUCACCAAACAGCGUCCAAAAUCUUAAUGUGUUUCAUUUGAUGUUGUUAGAUCAGAAAAGAAAUUGGCAUAAAAUUGGUUAAUAGUAUUGUCAAAGAAUUGUGUAUUGUGUACUCACUGGGAAAAAAAAUAAAAUAUAUUCACAUUUCAAA